AUGUUCGCGAAGGCUUUCACCAUUGCCACUUUGGCUUCAUACGCCAGUGCUCACAUGCUCAUGGCCAACCCCAAGCCUUACGGAAACCCAGGCAAUGCCCCUCUCGACGCUAAUGGCGCGGACUUCCCAUGCAAGGGCCAAGUCAACGACGGUUCAUCUAGCAAUACCUACAAGGCAGGUAGCACCCAGCAACUUUCCUUCAUCGGGUCGGCCGUUCACGGUGGAGGUUCAUGCCAAGUCUCCCUCACCACCGACAAGAACCCAACCAAGGACUCUGUCUGGAAGGUCAUCCAUUCUAUCGAGGGUGGAUGCCCUGCCAAAAACCAAGCCGGCAACUACCCCGAGAAUGCCUCUGCUGAAAACCCCGACAAGUAUGACUUCAAAAUUCCCGAAGAACUCGCUGCUGGUGACUACGUCCUCGCAUGGACCUGGUUCAACCACGUCGGCAACCGUGAGAUGUACAUGAACUGUGCCGCGGUCAAUAUUGAGGGUCAGGGUGGUUCUGAGGGUUACUUGGAUUCCCUUCCCGACAUGUUUGUUGCCAACAUCGGCAAUGACUGUGAGACACCUGCUGAUACUGAUCUCGCAUUCCCCAACCCUGGUAGCUCUGUCAGCAAACUCAAGUCCCUUCUCACUGACCCCAAGGGACCUGGAUGCCAAAAGCCUGGCUCUGGCUCUGGUGGCGGGAGCCCGGAGCCUUCUACCCCCGCUGCUGCCCCCACCUCUGAUACUGGUGCCCAGCCUACCGAACCUGCUACCACUCCUACUCCUGGUGAUGGCUCCAACGGUGCCCCUGAGAUUCCCGGUGGUGCCUUCAUCACUGUUUCUCAGCCUGCUGCUUCUCAACCUUCUGCUACCCAAGCCCCCGAGGCACCCGUUACUCCCGAGACCCCCGACAACGGCUCUGGCGAGGGUGCUGGCUCCGAUGAAGGUGCUGGGUCUGAUGGAGGCAACGACGGUGGAAACUCCGGCCCCGGAUCUGGUAGUGGUGGCUUUGCUGCUGGAACUGCCUGCACGUCUGAGGGUGAGUGGAACUGCAUUGGAGGUUCCUCUUUCCAGCGCUGUGCAAGUGGUACCUGGACACCUUCGCAGGGACUCUCCUCUGGCGUCACCUGCACCCCUGGACAAGGUACAGAUAUUAGCAUGACUGUCAAGCGAGGCAAGAGGAACAUGCGCCGAGCUCAGCGCUCCUGA